AUGGGACGAACUGAACCCUCAGUCGGUAGACCACCCGCUAGCUUCCGUCGCGAUGCCCGUGCGAAAAGAGCCAAAGCCACUAUUAAUAAGGUCAUACCGCCCCUACUGGCGGCGCAUCCGCGGGCUCGUCGGGGGAUCGAAGCUUCGGAGUUAAUUAUCGAUCCCUCUUCCCUACUACCCUCUACACAGGCUCCCGGAGCCGGGACGCGACGGCGUACUAGUCGGAGACCUGCCGCGGAUGAAGGUCAUGACGAGGGCAGAGAACUAGGAGAGAAGGACGGAAGCAAAGGCCCUCGUAUCUCGUUACGCGUCGCAGAUACCCUAGAAGCCGCAUACUCACUGCUCCUCGUCCCGGGUCACGAGCUAGAGCAGCGGCGAGAUCUAUCCAAUAAGAUAUCCCGUGUUGGCGUGCUGAACAUGGCGUCACCACUAUCUGGAGGUGGUGGGUUCCUGAACGGUGCAUCAAGCCAAGAAGAAUCGCUGUGUAUGCGCUCGACGCUCCUCCCGUCCCUACGGGAUGAGUUCUACCGUCUUCCUGAGCUCGGUGUUGUAUUUACGCCCGACGUGCUAGUAUUCCGCGGCUCGGGUAGCGAGCCUCAGGGUAAAAAAAAGAGAAGCGGGGAAAAGGUAAGUGAUGGUGAGGACGGAGAUAGAGAUCAGAUAGGGGUAGGAGAUACGGGGUCAGGGCGGGGGGGCGAAGAGGAAGAGCUCCUAUCGAAACGUGACCGUUGGUUUAUCGAUGUCGCAUCUGCGGCCAUGAUACGAAUACCUGAAAUCGAAGUCGACGAAGAAUCUGGAUUUGCCCGGUAUGCCAGCGCUACAGACCGCGAACUAGCCGUGCGUAAGAUGCGCGCCGUGCUACGUGUGUUUGCUGCCAAGGGGGUGCGGCGGGUUGUGUUAGGGGCAUGGGGAUGCGGCGCAUACGGCAACCCAGUCGGCGAGAUCGCGAAGGCGUGGCGGAAGGUCUUGGUUAGCGGGAGCAGAGACGAGAACAAAGGAGAAAAUGGGCAGCAGAAGAGAAAGGGGAAGUGGAAAAAAAGGGAGUCGGAUUCAGAUUUAUGGGAAAGUUUCGAGCACGUCGUCUUCGCGAUCAAAGACGCGGGGAUGGCACAUGCGUUUGCAACGGCGUUUGGUGAGGGGUUUCUCGAAAUAAAUAAUUCUGAAAGUGGAGGCAAUAACAUUGGCAGUGAGGAUGGAGAGGAUGAGGAGGAGGAUGCCAGCGUGAAGGAACUCCGUGAUAAGAUUCGCGAGCUAGAGGUGCGCGCCGGGCAGGCACAGACGCCUCAACUCAGAGCCGGGCUUAGUUCCGUGCUCGCUGGGCUGAGAAGUCAAUUACCGCACUCUGAUGAUAUUUCUUCCCGGGCGGACCCAGCAGCCAGUACAGGUGGCAGGGAUGACGAAAGUGGGAGCGAGGACAAUGACGAGUCCGCCAAAGAAGAGUCAGGGAGCGAUGGAGACCGAAUCGGGCAUUAUGACGAGAGUUAA